ACUUAGUCUCAAGAAAAUAAAACUACUCGUUCUUUGAUCUGCCAUUAUAUUCUCCCAAACACGCUUCCCGAACAAGCGAUUCAACCGACCCGCCCACCAAGGAGUUUUCUGUUGUUGAUUCUUUUGAAGCAUCAUACGCCAUUGCACUACUAACUGCGAAGCUCCUUGGAUUUCUCUAUUUUUUAUACCCACUUUCCUCAUUCUGCCAAAACCCAGUGGCAGGCAUGUUUGUGCUCCACCUUCCUUUCUUCUUCGCAUGCUUCCGAGACACCAAAGCCUAGCCUUUGUCAUGCUCGCUGACAUCAGAGAGGCAUGAAGAAGGCUGCCUGCUUGGUCCGAUCGCAGAAGCCAGAAAACAAUCAGAGAUGAAGGUAAGAAAGAGCUCAUCAAUGAUUUGAUCGACUGACUCCACUGCAACCUCCCCUUGCAAGCUUCAAAACCACUCGCAGGCCGUAGUUUCGUUGUAUUGGUGUUCUUGGGAGGCUGGGGGUUCCAUGGGGGCAAAGAAGGGCCAAGCUUGGAUCUUUUGGAUGGUCUUCUUCUGGUCCUGGGCUUGUGCAGCUGCUAUUCUCUCGCCUAAAGGUGUCAACUUUGAAGUGCAAGCUUUGAUGGGCAUAAAAGCCUUUCUGAAGGAUCCGCAUAAUGUUCUUGAGAACUGGGAUAAGGACUCUGUUGAUCCUUGCAGCUGGACUAUGGUGACAUGCUCAUCUCAGAAAUUAGUCACUACCCUAGGAACUCCAAGCCAGAAUUUGUCUGGUACACUCUCUCCAAGCAUAGGGAACUUGACCAAUCUUGAGACUGUGCUUCUGCAGAACAACAACAUAUCAGGACCGCUACCAGCAGAGAUAGGGAGGCUCUCAAAGCUUCGCACGCUCGAACUCUCCAACAACUACUUUUCUGGUGAAAUUCCUUCCUCAUUAGGCAACCUGAGAAGCCUUCGAUACCUGAUGCUCAACAAUAAUAGCCUCUCGGGACCAUUUCCUAUGUCUCUGGCUAAAAUCACACAACUUAUUUUUCUGGACUUGUCUUAUAAUAAUUUGAGGGGUCCUGUACCCAGGUUUCCAGCUAGAACAUUCAACAUCGUUGGGAAUCCUUUAAUCUGUGCCACUGGUUCGGAGCAAGAAUGCUAUGGGACUGUACAUAUGCCAAUAUCCUUCAACUUGAAUAAUUCACAAAGUUCUCCAACCCCAGGAAGACCCAAAAGUCACAAAGUCAUCAUUGCAUUUGUUUCCAGCCUUGGAAGCAUCUGUUUACUUAGCCUUGGGUUUGGGCUAUUUCUUUGGUGGAGGCAAAGACAUAACCAACAAAUCUUCUUUGAUGUAAAUGAUCAACACAAUGAGGAGGUUUGUCUUGGAAAUCUGAGAAGAUUCCAAUUUAGAGAGCUUCAGAUUGCAACAAAUAACUUCAGCAGCAAAAACAUACUAGGAAAAGGUGGCUUCGGAAAUGUGUACAAAGGUCAGCUACAAGAUGGAACAUUGGUAGCUGUUAAAAGGCUGAAGGAUGGAAAUGCUGCUGGUGGAGAGAUCCAGUUCCAGACUGAAGUGGAGAUGAUAAGCUUAGCAGUGCAUAGAAACCUACUCCGGCUGUAUGGAUUUUGCAUGACUCCUACAGAGAGGCUUCUAGUGUAUCCUUACAUGUCUAAUGGAAGUGUUGCUUCCCGACUCAAAGCAAAACCAGCACUGGAUUGGGGCACUAGAAAGAGAAUAGCUUUGGGAGCUGCAAGGGGUCUACUCUAUCUACAUGAGCAGUGCGAUCCCAAGAUCAUUCACAGAGAUGUGAAAGCUGCUAAUAUAUUGCUGGACGACUACUGUGAGGCUGUUGUAGGAGACUUCGGGCUUGCAAAGCUUCUUGAUCACAGGGAGUCCCAUGUGACUACUGCUGUAAGGGGCACUGUCGGGCAUAUAGCUCCUGAGUAUCUCUCCACGGGCCAGUCUUCUGAGAAAACUGAUGUCUUUGGGUUUGGAAUUCUUCUCCUUGAGCUGAUUACCGGUCUAAGAGCCAUGGAAUUUGGAAAGGCAGCAAACCAGAAAGGAGCCAUGCUUGAUUGGGUGAAGAAAAUCCACCAAGAAAAGAAGCUCGACAUGCUUGUAGACAAGGACCUGAAGAAUGACUAUGAUCGGAUUGAGCUCGAAGAGACGGUCCAAGUGGCACUCUUAUGCACGCAGUAUCUCCCCAGCCACCGGCCCAAAAUGUCCGAGGUGGUCCGCAUGCUAGAAGGCGAUGGACUCGCAGAGAGAUGGGAAGCCUCUCAGAGAGCGGAGGCCCCAAAGUUCAAGAUGCCCGAAGUCUCCUCCUCAGAACGCUACUCUGACCUGACUGAUGACUCCUCGCUGCUGGUCCAAGCAAUGGAGCUAUCUGGCCCGAGGUAAUUAAUCGAUAAUAAAGAGAGAAUUAAUGCAGAUAAACAAGCCAUGACCGUUGUACGAGACGAGUUUGUGUAGUAUAUAUCAGGGCCACUAUGUUUUAAUAGCUAUUGAGGUAGUUAAGUCAGUCUUGAUCGAGUGUUGAAGAAUGCGAACGGGUCAUGAGCAUUUUGUAUAGAAUAACAUGAUAUUAUCAUGAAUUGCGACAGUGCAUAGGUGAUGUGAUUGAAUCAUAAGAAGGGAAUUGUAAGCAAUUUGGUUCCUUCGUU